AUGCUGGGCCUCAAGUCGACGAUGUCGAUUAUCGACAAUUCGGGCGGUCUGGUUGCCGAGUGUAUCAAUGUAUUGCGGUACAAGAGCUCCUUGGGACUGGGGCGUGUCGGCGACGAGAUUGUGGUGGUUGUGCAAAAGGCACGCCCAAUACCUGCGAAUCAGACGGGUGGAUCCAGUGCGCUGAAGGUGCGACGCGGAGAUGUGCGCCAUGCGGUAAUUGUGCGCACGAAAAAAGAGGCCCAGCGCCCGGAUGGCCGCGUCGUUAAAUUUGACGACAAUGCGUGUGUGUUGCUAAACAACCGCAGGGAGCCGCUGGGCACUCGUGUGAAUGGCGUUGUCUCCAAUGAACUUCGCGAGCGCGGCUGGGGCAAGAUUCUCAGCUUGGCACCCAAGGUUGUGUAA